AUGGGGAGCCAAGCGACAGAGGGCAACUAUGCCUACUUCUCCCGCGAGCCCAUUGCCAUAGUGGGCAGCAGCUGCCGUUUCCCCGGCGGUGCCACAUCUCCAUCUAAGCUUUGGGAGUUGUUGGAGAAUCCGCGGGAUGUGUUGCAGGAAAUUCCAGCAAGCCGGUUCAAUGUCAAGGCGUUCCAUCACCCAAACAGCCAGCACCAUGGAAGCACGAACGUCAAACACGCGUAUCUUCUUGAUGAAGAUCCUCGUGCCUUUGAUCGCGAUUUCUUCUCCAUCAACCCAAAGGAGGCUGAGGCCAUGGAUCCUCAGCAACGCAUGCUUCUCGAGACAGUCUACGAGGGCCUUGAGUCGACCGGCUACUCAUUGCAACAGCUUCGGGGCUCGUCUACCGCCGUCUUCGUUGGAUGCAUGAGCUUCGAUUACCAGUUCACUGCCAUACGAGGCAUCGACAGCCUACCGCAAUAUCACGGAACUGGUACUGCCGCGUCCAUCUUGGCCAACCGCGUGUCGUAUUUCUACGACUGGCGGGGCCCGUCAGUGGCCAUCGACACAGCCUGCUCGUCUAGUCUGGUGGCGCUGCACCAGGCAGUAUCUGCCCUGCGAAAUGGAGAGGCCGAAAUGGCUGUCGCGGCAGGCUCAAAUCUCAUUAUCGGACCUGAGCCAUUCGUUAGCGAGUCCAAGCUCAACAUGCUGUCCCCCAAUGGCCGAUCCUUCAUGUGGGAUGCCGCCGCGGAUGGGUACACCCGAGGAGAGGGCUUUUCCGCCAUCUUCCUCAAGACCCUCAGCCAAGCCAUCGCUGAUGGUGACCACAUUGAAUGCAUUGUCCGCGAGACAGGUGUUAACUCGGAUGGCAAGACGCCAGGCAUCACAAUGCCGAGCUCUGAGUCGCAGGCACGACUUAUUCGAGACACGUACGCCAGGUGCGGGCUAGACCCGGCUCGUGAAUCCGACCGCCCACAGUACUUUGAGGCCCACGGCACGGGCACUCAGGCUGGCGACCCUAUCGAGGCCCGAGCCAUCCAAAGUGUCUUUUUUCCCGACGGAAAGGACGGCCAGCUCCUAGUCGGCAGCAUCAAGACCGUCAUCGGACACACGGAAGGCACUGCUGGAGUCGCUGGUGUGCUCAAGGCGUCGCUGGCAGUUCAACACGGCCAGAUCCCGGCGAACCUGCAUUUCAACAAGCUCAACCCCAAGAUCAGGCCGUUUUACAAUAACCUCCGCAUUCCGACCGAGACGAUCCCGUGGCCCGACAUUCCGCAAGGAUCACCACGUCGUGUAAGUGUCAACAGCUUCGGCUUCGGUGGCACCAAUGCACACGCCAUCAUUGAGAGCUGGGAUGGCCCGGGAGCCCUUGUCAACGGCCACGCGUCGAAUGGCAUUACAAGCAAUGGCCAUGCUGUCAACGGCCACUCGCUCAACGGGCACGGCGCGAACGGUCACGCACUUAACGGCCACGCUGAGAACGGCAGCACACUUAACGGCCACGCAUUGAAUGGGCACAAGCUCAAUGGGCACUCCCUGAAAGCUCACCUUGCAGGACCGUUCGUUCUAUCUGCCAACUCAGGCCCGGCCCUGGCCGCAAGUGCUAAAGCGCUCGCCAGCUACCUUCGUGCCCAUCCAAGCACGGAUCUCGACAGGCUCGCCUACACUCUUUUCCGGAGGACAAGUUUCCCGUUCCGAGCCGCCUUCUCUGGCACCUCCGCGGAGCAGCUUGCCGACAAGCUUGAGAGUGGCAGUGACUCUCUCAAGAGCAGCUCGCGCACUGCUACCAUUCCCGAGGUCCUUCCCCCUCGAAUCUUAGGCGUCUUUACCGGCCAGGGCGCGCAAUGGGCUACCAUGGGCAAGGAGCUCUAUGCCGCUUCGGACCUGUUCCGUAACGCCAUAGAUCAGAUGCAACGAAGUCUUAAUUCGCUUCCUGCAGACGACCGCCCCGACUGGUCCCUCGUCGACCAGCUCGAAGCACCAUCAGAGACGUCUCGUGUCGGCGAAGCCGCAGUGUCGCAGCCGCUGUGCACGGCUCUCCAAGUCGCUCUGGUCACCGUCCUGCGCGCCGCCGGCGUCGAGUUCUCCGCCGUUGUUGGACACUCGUCGGGAGAAAUCGCCGCUGCGUUCGCUGCGGGAUACCUGGACGCCACCGAUGCGAUCCGGAUAGCAUACUACAGAGGCGUCCACUCCCGUCUCGCGCAGGGGCCCGGAGGGAAGCGCGGCAAGAUGAUGGCCGUCGGCAUGUCUCUGACCCAAGCGACUGCAUUCUGCGGCGACUUCGGUGGAGUGCUAGCUGUGGCUGCCAGCAACUCGCAGACGAGCUGCACUCUAGCAGGUGAUGCUGAAGCCAUUGACCAAGCCCACGCUCUGCUGCAGGAGAAGGGUACGUUCGCCCGCGUGCUGCAGGUCGACACGGCGUAUCACUCCCACCACAUGAAGGCAUGCAGCACCCGAUAUCUCGAGUCGAUGAAGCAGUGUGGGGUCAAAGUCCAGAAGGGCAACAAGCAUUGCCAGUGGUACUCAAGCGUUUGGGGAUCGAAUGGCCGCAGCCGGUCGUUCAACCGGGCUGACGCCAAGCUCCUCGAGGGCCAGUACUGGGUCGACAAUAUGACGCAAGCGGUACUCUUCAGCCAGGCACUUGCAAGAGCCCUCAACGAGGACCAGUUCUUUGACCUUGCCCUCGAAGUCGGCCCUCAUCCCGCGCUCAAAGGUCCGAGCUCCGAAACCAUCAAAAUGUUGACGGGUCUCUCGCUCCCGUACUCGGGAGUAUUGAAACGUGGGCAGAGCGCGGUGGAGUCUUUUGCCGACGCCCUCGGCCUCCUGUGGAAGUCUUUUCCGUCAUCAUUCCCCAUGAUCAAGUUUGAUGGAGUACGCCGGGCUUUCGCCAGCGGCAAGCCUAAGAGACUGGCUAUUCUGAAAGGCCUCCCAGCUUACUCGUGGGACCAUCCUAGUCUCAUCUGGAAGGAGUCGAGGUCGUCUCGCAUCUUCCGUGCCCAAAGUCAACCUCGUCACGAGCUUCUGGGUCAUUGCGUGACGCACGGCGAACGCGACAAGCGCGAGGUGCAUUGGAAGCAGCUCAUCAGGCUCAACGAACUACCAUGGUUGGUCGGGCACAGAAUUCAAGGCGAAGUUCUAUUCCCUGCGUCUGGCUACCUGUCGAUGACAUACGAGGCCGCCACCCGCCUUGUCGACGACCAGAAAUCCCUGCGUCUCGUGGAACUGCAUGACGUCGACAUUGUGCGCGCCAUGCGUCUGGAAGAAGAUUCUUCAGGUCUUGAGGUUGUCUUUACUGUUCGUGUGACGAGUCAGUCCGAUGACUGUAUUACCGCCGAGGCCGCCUGCUACAGCGGUUCGGUCGACUCGGUCGAGCCCUUGGAUGCUCCUCAAGCUGGCCUCACUGCCCAUUUCACCGCUGGUAUACGACUCUUGCUGGGCCAGCCACACGAGGACGCUUUGCCUCCACGGACCAAGCCUCUGCUUCCCAUGGACACUUUGGACAUGGAAGAGCUCUACUCAGCUCUUUCUAAGGAAGGCUUCAACUAUACCGAAAGGUUCCAGGCCAAGUCGAUGCUCCGGCGGCUCAACCGCGCGGUGGUAACAGUUUCCUCACCUCCUGAGCCGUCUUCAAUACGCGCAUGCAUGCACCCGGCUCCCGUCGACACGGCAUUCCAAGGUCUGCUAGCCGGCUUUUCUUUCCCUGGAGAUGGUCGCGUCGGAACUAUUUACCUGCCAACGCGCGUUGAGUGCGUCAGAAUUAGCAUGUUGCCCUCCGAGUUGCCUGCGUCUGUGCUCACUGCCGACGCGACAGUCACAUCGACGGGCAAAGCCACUUUUACAGGCGAUGUGGACCUGUUCGACGCAGCGACUGCGCGCACCGAGGUUCAAAUCCGUGGGGUUCGCCUUACCGCGGUCGGUCAGCGCCGAGACCCCUGGCUCUACGCAGGUACGACGUGGAUGAGGGAUGCCAGCUACGGCAUUGAGCCCGGCCUUGGGGCCAAACUCUCGGAAGCAGACUGGGUGCUAUAUGAGCAGCUUUCGCGCACAGCCUACUUUUACCUGCGACAGCUUCGCAAGAAGAUUCUGCCUCAAGAACUGAUGCUGAUGGGCAAGCACCGCAAGCACAUGAUGACUUGGGUCCUCAAGCAUUUGCUACCGCAGAUCGAAGCGGGCGAGCACCCUGAAAUCCGAGCCGAGUGGAAGGAUGACACGCUCGAGAUGGUGCAGGAAUGGCGUGCAAGCCAACCAGCGGACAACAACGACAUGAACAUCCUCCAUGCCAUGGGAAAGAACCUAGUCGACAUUGUCCGCGGAACGACCCCUCCCCUCAGAGUGCUCACGCAGGAUGGCAUGCUUGACCGUCUGUACGUGGAAGGUCUUGGUGCCCAAGAUGGAAAUGUUGACCUUGCCGCCAUGGUAAAGCAGCUUUCGCAUCAGCACCCGCGCAUGCGGAUCGUCGAAGUGGGAGCUGGUACGGGCGGCACCACGCGGGCAGUCCUAGACGCCCUUGGGAAUCAGUACACGUCCUACACAUACACGGACAUAUCCACAGGUUUCUUUGACAACGCUCGCACCGUGUUCGGUCAUCAUGGCAGCAAACUUGUCUUCAAGACACUCAAUAUCGAGAAUAAUCCGGCGGAUCAGGGAUUUACCGACGGAACGUUCGACAUGGUAGUUUCCUCGAACUGUUUGCACGCGACCCGGAGCCUGGGAGAGACUCUGCGCCACUGCCGACAGCUGCUCCGACCUGGCGGCCGCCUAGUAUUGCUCGAGAUUACUCGAGACUUCCUGCCUACGCAGCUGGUCAUGUCGACGCUCCCAGGAUGGUUCCUGGGCAUAGACGACGGGCGAGUCUGGGCACCUACCGUCAGCGUUGAACGAUGGGACGAGCUGCUCAAGGCCAACGGGUUCUCCGGUGUUGACAUUAGCUCGACGCCGUCCUUCUGCUCUGUUAUCGUUGCGCAGGCAGUCGACGAGACGGCUCAACUCCUCCGAGAACCACUUGCAGUCGCCCCAGCGACGCUGCCGCCUCUGGGCGACAUCCUCAUUGUUGGUGGUGAUGCCAGUUCCGAGCUCACAUUGCAGACUCAGACAAUUUUGCGGGCUGCUGCUCCCUCCGCAACUGUCACCGUUCUGGCUGGGCUCGAGGGUAUCCAGGUGCCUAAAGGAGCAUCCGUGCUCUGUCUUAGCGAUCUGGACAGCCCGGUGUUCCGCGGCAUGAACCAGAAGAGAUUCAGGGGACUACAGGACAUCAUGGAGACCGCACAAGUGGUUCUCUGGGUAACUUCGGGGGCAAAGUCCGGCGAGGACCCCGACGCCAACAUCACUCUGGGAUUAUCCAGCACGUUGCGGGCGGAGCGCAUGGAUCUCAGGCUUCAAUUCCUUGAUGUCGACAGGCCGUCGUCUCUUAACCCAGACUUGCUGGCAAAGAUGCUCCUUCGACUCGCCCUCCAGGAUCCUUCCGAGACCGAUGAAUUGCUGUGGAACCAGGAGCCUGAGCUUGCUCUGAAGGAUGGCGCCAUCUACAUACCCAGAGUACUGUCUCUGGACACCGUCAACAGUCGCUCCGCGGCGAGGAUCCGACAAGUCACGCAGACGGCCAAGGUUGACUCCGAAAGCACGGCUGUUGUGCUCGACGAUCGACAGGACGCAUUUGAAUUGCAGGCCGUUCCGGUCGGUAGUGCUACUGGAAAUGAGAUACACUUGCGAGUCGCGGCUUCUUCGCUUCGAACGCUGCUUAUCAACCAGCACGAGCCGGCAUUUGUAUGCAUUGGUCGCGACCUAGCCUCGGGAGACAAAGUUCUUGCCCUCUCGGCUGUGAGCGGCUCCCUGGUCAAGGUUUCCGAGGAUCAGGUCUUGCAUCGUUGGCAGCCCAACGAAACAGCAGCCGAAGCUACGGCACUGCUGCGAUCCUUCCUGGCCAAGACACUGGCUGCAGGUUUGCUUCGUGACGUACAGGGGCCCGUCUGGAUACACGGCGCGUCGCACGACCUCACCGAGGCCAUUGACGAUGUUGCCCACGAACAUGGCGUAGCCGUCUUCCAAACCACGUCCGAUUUGGCGAGAAGUUCAGACGCCAAUUUUAUCCAUCCCUACGCGAGUAAGGGCGCAUUGGAAAAUGUUCGCACCAAAGACCUUCAGAGCUUUGUCAACCUAGCCCGCACCGACGGCGGGGACUUGUCUGCCUUGAUUCGCGCUUCGUUCCCUGCGUUGGCCCUUGUGGACAAGGAGGUCGACAACCUGGCCGUGGUCUUGAGCCUCUCUGAGCUCCGCAGAUUGGCGCAGAAACACCUUUCGAGCGACACGAAGGUUCCCACCGAGAGCACUGAGGUUGUGGCAGUCGACAAGAUCUCAACAGUGAGAAGAGGGGAGCUGGCGCCGACAGCCAUACUCGACUGGAACACUGCAGAUGCUGUCGGUGCCCUGGUCCGUCCUCUUGAGCACUACGGCCUGUUUGUUGCCGACAAGACGUAUCUUCUGUGUGGCAUGACAGGAGACCUGGGCAUUUCGGUGUGUCUGUGGAUGGUGGAACACGGAGCUCGCAAUGUUGUCUUGACCAGUCGAAACCCUAAGGUGUCCCCCGAUGUGCUCGACUACUUGUCGCGCAAGGGAGCCAACGUGCGGCCGAUGGCCGUAGACAUUGCAAACAUUGACUCUGUCCGCGCCGCCUACGCCACCAUCAAGUCCAGCAUGCCACCCGUCGGGGGCGUCAUGAACGCCGCCAUGGUGCUUCAGGACCGUCUUUUCCACCAUUUGCCCUGGGAGGACUUUGCAGCCGUUCUGGCCCCUAAGAUGGUGGGAUCAAGAAACCUGGACGAAGUCUUUCGAGACGAACAGCUGGACUUCUUCAUCUGCUUCUCGUCCACGACCUCAAUCGUCGGAAGCAUCGGACAGUCCGCCUACGCAGCCGCGAAUCAUUAUAUGGCAAGUCUCGUUCAGCAACGACGAAAUCGGGGUCUGGCCGGCUCGGUCAUUCACAUCGCCAUUUUGACAGGCUUUGGAUAUAUCUUCCGUCGCGAUGCGGAGCAUGCCGAGACUAUUUACAAGGCCAUCCUCCCGCGGUUCGACAGGCAGUCGGAAACCGACCUACACGAGAUGCUGGCAGAGGCCAUAGUCUGCGGACGGCCAGGCUCGGGCCAGACCGCCGAGCUCAUCACCGGCAUUAGAACAGUGUUCCAGGGUGAGUGGCGCGACGACCCCCGGCUCUCUUGCUACAGCGGCCAGCAGCAGCUACAGGACGACUCGUCCCAAGGGCAGGCUGCCGGGUCCAUCAGUGUCAAGGCUCAGCUCGCAGCUGCCGAGGAUCCCGCCGAGUGCUUGGUCAUACUGGAGAACUGCUUUGCCCUGGCCUUGGGCAACUUGCUCGAGAUUGACCCUGAGCAGCUGGACAACAGCAGGCCUGUCGCCAGCUUAGGCAUUGACUCCCUCGUCGCCAUCCGGAUCCGGGAGUGGUUCCUCAAGGAAAUGGGAGUUGAUGUGCCUGUGUUGAAGGUCAUGUCGGAUAACUACUCCAUGUCGCGCAUGUGUGACGAUGUGCUUGUGGACUGGCGAAAGCAAAACAAAUCUUAG